AUGAUCGGACUGGGAUAUAGGUUGAAUUAUCGAUGUGGUACGGGCACUACAGCUAAUAUUCGUCGUCAUUUGGCAAAUAGCCAUGGUUUGUCUCAUCUACGAUAUAAAUCUCAGUUACAAAAAUCGACGCUAAUUUCUAACGUCAAAAAGAAAAGUUUAGACGAUGCUGCUAUCGAAUGUAUAGUCAGAGAUAGCCGGCCGUUUAACGAAUUUCGUCGUCCAGGAAUGAAAAUAUUUUUAGAACAAGCAACACCCGGCUAUCGUGGUCCCCACUCUAAAACAGUUCGGCGACGUCUCGUCCCCUUGUAUUUACAAAAACAACAUGAUCUAAAACACCAAUUAUCAAUUGUAGAUCACAUCGCUUUAACAACAGAUCUAUGGCAAUCGGGUCGUAAACAUUAUUUUUUGAGUGUCACAGCUCAUUACGUUACUCAUCAGUUUGAAGAAGUUGAGGAUCUUGAAAUAUCAUCUAAUGAAGAAGAUGAAAUAGACGAUAAUGCGGAAAACAGUUUAAAUGAUUCAGAAAUAUCAUUCAUGAAAAAUAAUAUUACCGACUUAUUGGUUAAAUGUCGCAAAUUUAUUCGAAUGACACAUCAGUCAAAACGGUUCAAUGAUGCAACCGAAAUUCUGUGUGGACAAAGUUAUCCAACACUCUCGCUGGCCUAUGCCGUAUUAUUCUCAUUAUCGUAUUAUUUGGAUGACAGUACAGCAAACGAUAUCGAAAAUUUAAUUAAAAAUAUGCUUAAUCAAAAAUUCAAAUUUUAUUUUAUUGAAAAUAUCGGGCAAUUUCAAAGAAACUUAAUGUUGGUUUCAGCCUUAUUCGAUCCGAAAGUACAUGAUUUGAUGUCACAAGAUGAUAAGUUAAAUGCAGAAAACUUUAUAAAAGAUGAAUACAAAAAAAGAGCAAAAGCCUCUUCUAAGUCAUCAUCAUCUUCAGCCAACACAAUAUCAUCGAAUGACCCAGGUGGAAGUGCUACAACGCCAGGUCAAGCCUCAAAAUUUGAUCAGUUUCUCAACAAAUGUGGAGUAAAGGCAACAAUUUCUUCCGGCAAAACCAAAAACAGACAUUUGACAAUUCAACAACAAUUGUCGAAAUUGAGAUUACUACUAAAAGAUAAUCAUGAUUUCAUGAGUUUUUGGUCGGAAUAUAGUUCAUCAAUUCGUGAUUUAUCGAAAUUAGCUCGAAAAUACAUGGCAAUAACAGCAACCUCAGCCCCUAGUGAGCAAGCAUUUAGCAUUGCAAACUACGUUGCUAGGAAAAAUCGUUUAUCAUUAUCAUCGAAAAGUAUAAAAUAUACAAUGUAUCUGAAAGACAAAUUAUAA